AUGCCCAUUUCUCGGCACUUUCUGGAAGGUCCACUCGAAGAGGACUCGAAUGUAGUCAACUUGACCUGCAUUCUAGACAAGCUGCCCUCUGAGUACGUGAUUGAGAGCAUUAUCGUGGAUUAUGUGCUCUACCUGAUUGCAAAGCGAGGCUUUGACGGACUGCAGUUGUUCAUGGACAAGCGGGGACGCACUGAACAGUAUACUAUGCUGCGUUAUAUAAUGCGCACGUUGGUGGACCGUGCUGCUGAAUUCGAACGAAACUACCUUCCCCGAUUCGAGAACCGACAGGCCCUCCUAUUGAGCAUGCCGGAACGGGCGAAACUGGACUUUAUGAGUACGCUGGAGGAUAUCUGGAGCGAUGGACUGGCUAAUUGGGGUCGAUUCCUGGCUUAUAUCACCUUUGUGGGGGCUUAUUGCACAAGUGUGUUGGAUGCGGGCAUGGUAUACACCAUAAAACUGCUAGUGGAGGCGGCGGUACAUGAUCUGAAUCUACGGGUUGGCAAAUGGCUUCUCAGCAAUGGGGGCUGGCGUGGAUGUUAUCUCGCCCUUGAAGCGAUGAAUAAAAAGGAUUAG